UCGAGUACUUUGUGAAGUUACCUCUUCACACACUCCACUAUAAGUCAGACGUUUGUCCUGGCAGUAGCGAUAUUGCUCCGUUUUGCUAGAGAUGAUUGCUUUUCUUUGAUAUAACAUUAGUGCCAAUGACAACUCCUGUAACAUAUUUCAACUUUACUUACAAUGAGAGUUCUACAAAUUUCGAAGAAACUCCUUAUCCAGAUUUCACGCAAAUUUCUGCCGUUUGUAUUACUUUCAUAGUUGCAUACUUCAUAGUUAUGUUACUGGCUCUGGUAGGUAACGCAAUGGUAUUCUACGUGGUGGUCAGUAACAGGAAGAUGCACACCGUUGUCAAUUAUUAUAUUGUUAAUUUGUCAAUUUGUGACUUUAUGGUCGGAGGGUUUGUAUUGCCUGUUAAAUUAUUAGAACUGACGGCUCCUGCCAAUUGGGGUGCCAUGAAUGAUAAUUUAUGCACCGCUAUGUCCUAUUUACAGACAAUUUUUGUAUUUGCCAGCGUUUUGACAUUAGUCGCUACCUGUUUAGAAAGAUAUUCUGCAAUAGUUCAUCCUUUGCAUCAUCGCAUAUUGCAAAGCAAAUCCAGAACUAAAAAUAUUUUAUUAAUUGUUUGGUGUAUACCUUGCGUGGUUGCGAGUCCAUUCCUUUAUCCAUCGGAGGCAGGUUCAAAUGAGUUGAGCAGUUCUUACGGAACUAUCACAAGACUGACUUGUUUCAUUACACUCGAACCGAAAUUUCGUCAAGGUUAUUAUACAUUCCUGUUUAUAUUUAUCUACCUUCUUCCUUUAAUAUUCAUCGGAGGAACGUGUUACCUAAUUGCCAGAUGCCUUCUUAAAGAGAUUGCUUUUCAUCGACAAGGUAGUCUUCGUCGUCAAGAAGCGUAUCGAAGAAAGGUGGCCAAAAUGGUAAUUAUCGUGGUGAUCGCUUUCACCAUAUCUUGGACUCCUUAUUUUCUAGUUUCAAUUAUUACUCAAUAUCAACCUGAAAAUUUUUUCGAACGUGAAAAUUUCUUUUUUACUAUGCUUUGCAUUAAUUUAUUUGCAUUCAUAAAUUCGUGUGUUAACCCAUUCAUUUAUGCUGUAAUGAGUACGCGAUUCAGAAGUGGUUUUAGAAGAAUUUUAAUAUCUACAUGUUGUAAUGUUUCUGUGGAAGCUUUUUCUUGUAACAGUACAAAAAAUAAAAAGUUGGGAUGUAAUCAUCAUAUUAUCAUCAGUUGCGAUAAUGCCAAUGCGACUUCAUCUGAUAGUACGUCACGUAGCGAUAGUGUUCAGCAAACUGCAUUACCAGCUGAAACAACUCGAAAAUUCAAAUUUUUCUUUCAUAUAAAUUCUAGAAAUAAAAACAAUAAAAAUACGAAAGUGCCAAUGAAAGAACUAAAUAAUAUUAAAAUUUUUGAUUUUCCAUCAAAAUACAUUCCAAAAUCUGAUUUUCAUGACAUAUCUGAUGGAUUAAUUCUUCGAAGUAGAUCAUUAGAAUACGGAUUACCGUUUCCAAAAUCAGUUAUGAAUAUGGAAAAUAAAACUAAAAAAACCUCUUCAGUGCCAGAUUUUAUAUUUAACUUAUAAGACACACCUGCUGAUUUUAUAAAAAUGUUACGCACCAAAGUUGUUAAAGUGGAAUGAAACUUUAUUAGUGAGAACGUUAUGACGGCAGUAAUAAGUGAUUACAAGUUUAUAGCAAAAGGAUAAUUUUCUGUGGAAUAUGCAGCGAUUCAGUUCGGUAUGACGUACACAGCAUCGUAUGCUAUCCUGCAACAGAUUUGCCACAGAUGUUUCAACUGUCUCGUCUCUCCAGAUCCUUCACAUGAGCAAAGUUGGCCUUCCAUAAAUGCUCGAUAGGCGACAAAUCUGGAGACCAAACAGGUCAAGGAAAUGUGACAACGUGAGUGAGACAUUCCUAGGAAACACUAGCUGUGUGCGGCUAAGUAUCAUCUUGCUAGAAAAUGACAGCUAGCAGCCAUGACAUGAAAAACAAUACAAGAGAGCGCAAUUUUCCGAAAGUACUACUGUGCCACCAAUGUCCUCGCACCAUUAACUAGGAAUGACCGAGUGUCAUACGAAACGGCUUUCAGCCCAGCAUGUUAGGUCCUUCACACACUAAUAUAGUGAUUAUCCGUUUCCAAACAGAACCAGAAUUCCUUGUUAAAGACAAUAUGCUAUCAGUCUAUUUUUCUUUGUUACGGAAUCACUACAAACUAAACUGAAUAUGAUGGAGUUCUAAUGACAGGGAAUUUGGGUCACAGUGCAUGCAAAUUUGCCCGCGAUAAUCGUCUACCAAUGGAAUACGAAAAGACAGGAUUUUGUAGAGAGGCUUGCAGCUAUCUCUCAAUAAUGGCACGGUCAGUUUUUUUGGUGAUCUGUUUGGAGCGUACAGAGCCUGUCUGCCGUGUAUGUUUUCUGAAAUAUCCACUGUUCCAACACAUUUCUUACAGUUAAGUCAGAACUACCAUGAUGGCGGACACUUUGACAAAACUGCCAUCCUGCUUCCUUAGUCCGAUGAUGAGGCCUUUAUAAAACUCGGACAGCUAUGCGAAAUGUCUUUUGACUGAGUGUUAUAGGUAUGCCUACGUUUCAAAGACCUCCAAAUAGUAAUUACACUUAAAAUUCUGACACACAGUGAGUGCGUGGGGCUUUUUUGGAUACUGAUGUAACGAUUUUAAGACAAUCUGAUGGCUUUAUCUAGCGUGCAAUUGGACCACAACUGUAACAAUUUACAAACCUGUCUGAGAUAUAGCUGAGAUAUGCCGAGUUUUUUUGUAAUCGAACAAUUGUAUCUGGGUGCGUAACAUUUUUGUUAAUGAGCGUAUAUUAUGUUUACACAGUGAAACAUGCUUUCAUUAUUUCAAAGAGAAGACUCUUUGAAUAUUAAUGUAAAUAAAAAUUGUGGUGCAUAUUUUCAAAGUUGUUUAACUAUAUAUUUAUAUAUUGAAUAAUAUUUGUUUGAUGUCUUCUGAGAAAUGAAUCGCUAAUAUACAGUAGUAUCAAUUAAAGUAAAUAUACCACCACCAUUUUUCUUAAGAAAAGACGAAAUCGGCUCUACCCGAGCCAAAUGAAAUUUUUCUAUCUGAGUUUUUAUUUAUGUAUUUUAUUUAUUAGAAAAUUUAAAAUAUUUAACGUAAUGUUCAAAAUCAAAUUACAAUUAUGCAUACAUAUAUAUGGUAUUUUGAUUAUUUCGAAUUAUACGAGAUAUUCCUAAAUAUUUCUGUACAAUAUGCCAAAUGUCAUGUAAGCGAUGUAAUUUAUUAAACAAACUGAAUACGGUUGCGUAUACAGAAGAUACACUAAUUUCGCUAAUUAAUAAUUAAUAAUAAUAAUAUAAAUAAACUCAAGGUAAGCAGCACGUAUUUCUGAGAACAAACACACAAAAAAUAAUUUCAAAACUAUUAAAAGAGAAUUGACAAAUAUCAAAAUAAGUUUUAGCUUUCGCUUCCUCUAUCCAU